UACACGACACUCCAGCAAACACACAGCAGGCAUUUCAAAUCCACUCCGGGACACCAUGACUUCCGCAUAAUGUCGGCAGAAGUUGCAAUCCAGAAGUUCUCCUUCCCCUUCUCUUGUGCUGCACACCUUUCCAAGCAAGAUGAGGAGAGCGAGGUGGGAUGCAUACAGGUGAAGGCCCUGGGGCUUUGUGAUCGCCAGGAAAAUCCCAGUUUAAGCCAGUCGAGCACCGUCACUCCGGUAGCGGCUUUGGCACGCCGUGAGAUCCCCAAAGCAUCCGCUGAGGGUGACAUGGCCGCUUCCCAAGCCCUGGUCUGCCCCGAGGCCUCCCAGAGCGCUGUGCUCUCUUGCCGCAGUGUCUUUGAGAGACUGGCAGCGGAGGCAGAGGACCAGCGCCCGGUGGCAAAAAGACAGCUGUCAUCCGAGAGCGCUUCCAGGAACAUCACAGUGGUGAAGAAGAGCGCGGUGAGGGUGGAGGUGGAGGAGCAAAAACACCUGCAAGUCAAGACCUUCAUGGCAGCAGGGAGGAGGAAGCGCCGGAAAGAUCUCUUCGCUUGCUCAGAUGUUUUCCACAGGCUUGACUCGCAUGUCAUCAGAGCAGGGUCAGAGAUGAAGGAAAAGCGUGUGCACGAUGUGAGAGCGAUCGUCCAGAGCAUCACAAAGGUAUCCAAGACAGAGGUGGAGAAAGUCCGAGCCAUCUGGGUUUGGCUCUGUCACAACAUCGAAUAUGAUGUCAGCGGCUUCCUGGGGCACUCAGAGAGGAUGACCUCCCCGGAGGAAGUGAUAGCAAGCGGUCGAGGAGUUUGUUGCGGCUACUCCAGUCUCUGUACAGACAUGUGCAGGCUGGUGGGCAUCGAAUGCCAGGAAGUGGCGGGGCACAGUAAGGGCAUAGGCUACCGCCAGGGCCAGAGCUUCAAGAAUGUGAAAUCAGAUCACCUGUGGAACGCUGUGCUCCUGGAAGGACAGUGGUUCUUAAUGGACGCCUGCUGGGGAUCCGGACAAGUCAACAUGAAAGAAGAGAGCUUCGUCAAAAGGUUUGAUGAUUUCUAUUUCCUGACGGACCCAGAGGAGUUUAUAGAGUCCCACUUCCCCGACGAGGAGAAAUGGCAGCUUCUGGAGUCACCAAUCACCCUGGAGGACUUUGAGAGGAGGGUCUUCAAGACUUCGUCUUUCUUCUCCAUGGGGCUGAGGCUGAUGCAACCUCAUCACUGUCACAUCGUCACAGACGAUGGUGAGGCAAACGUCUCCAUUGGUUUCUCCAGGCCUGUGACCUUUACCUAUGAGAUGAAGCAGCACCAGGACUUCCUGCAGUGCGACACUUCAGAGGAGAAAGAGAACAGUCACUGCUCCUCCGGUCUCCUGACGGUCUCCCACCGCAGCAUGAAUCUGCAACUGCUGCCGCCUGCAAGCGGCACAUACGACCUGAAGAUAUUUGCUAGGCCAGAAACAGCCACCACUCCCCUGGGCUGGGUAUGCUCCUUCACAGUGGAGUGUCUGCAACCCAGGGCUAUGGAGGAUAUCCCGGAGAACCCCUACCUAUCAUGGGGCCUGCUACCCAAUGUGGCAUCUCUGGGAGUGGCAGGCUGCAGUCAGAACAGUGAGGUGGCCGAGGUUGAGGAAGGCCGUUUUAAGUUAGCUUUGAAGACAUCCAGGUCUCUUAUGGUGCUUUGUGAACUGGUCCACCCGGACUUGGAGGCCGCGAUUACCAAGCGCUGCCUGGCUACUCAGAUUCAACCAGACCUCCUGAGCUGCCACGUCCUGUGCCCCUCUCGUGGCUUCUACCGGCUGUCCGUGUUUGUGCGGGAUUAUGAGAAAACAGAUGCCAAGUUCCAGACGGCCGCAAACAUCCUAUUGCACUGUAAAGGAAAGGUUGUCAGUGAGCAUGAACUCUUCCCUCCUAAUCUGAGCUCAGUAUGUGGGCCAGGGACCCGUACGUCAGAGAUGGGUCUCUCCAAAUUCAGCCACACGACGCCUGUGGUGAGCACGCCUCAAGGCAAGUGUAACAUCACCUUCCACAACCAGCGAGACCUGGAGCUUCACCCUGUGAUUAGCAGUGCGGACAAUAAAGCGGGAGCUUUCCCGCUCACACGCCAUCUUUUCUGCACCUACACAGAUAGCAAAGUGACAGUGAGCGUCAGCCUGCCAGACGCGGGCAUGUAUCGCCUUGGCCUGUACGCCAGGACCACCUCCAGUGGAGAUUUUGACCCCAUGUGUGACUUUGUGCUGAGGAACUACUGCGAUCAAGCGGGGCUUCCUUUCCCUCGCGUCUACGCCGCCUGGAGAAAAGGAUGCGUGCUUUUUGAGCCCCGUGUGGGCCUGCUGGAGCCCGCAACCUGGGUUCGCUUUCGGGUGAGGAUCCUGGGGGCCCAGAGGGUGUGCGUGGUGGGAGAAGGGCGGACAGAUCUGAAACUGAACAAAAGCCGGGUCUGGGAAGGCGAAGUAUUCAGCGGGGAAGGCGUCUCACAACUGAAGCUGGCCGCCUCAUCUGGGGAGUCCAGCGACCUCUCUGUUUUGAUGACUUUUGACAUCAAACCAGUGCAAGGAGAAGUGUAAAAUGGAUCAGAUCUGGCGUUUGGAUUCUGGAAUUAGCUCAUACAUGCUAACAAUAUGGGCAAUUGUCAGUUUAGAUGUGUAAAGACUGUGAGCAGUUUCCUUCUUUUAGGUUUAGCAGCGUUGAUAUAAAAAUAAAGCUGCUCGUUUCCUCGAGGAUUUUUAAAGCUUGAUACUUUUUUCGGGCAGACUUCAGGACUAAAUGGGUUUUCACUGGUGCUCAGUUGUGGUGCUCAGCCAUCAUUUUAUGUCAUGAUUGCAUUUGUAUGUAUUUGUAUUGUGUAACAAGGAGCUGUGCUUUAUACAACAACACACAUUAAAAACUUGUA